AUGAGGGUCCUGGUGAAAACAGCGCUGGCUCUCCUGGUUCUCGCCGUGGCAGCUGCCCUGUGUGCAGAUGUAGAGGAGAGGCUGGUGAGUCACCUGUUGUCACCGGAGCGCUAUAACAAGCUGAUCAGGCCGGCUGUCAACAACAGCCAGCAGGUCUCCAUUAACAUACAAGUGUCUCUGGCCCAGCUGAUCAACGUGAACGAGAGGGAGCAGAUCAUGACCACCAACUGUUGGUUAACCCAGGGAUGGAAUGACUACAGAUUAAUGUGGGAUCCCAACGAGUAUGAGGGAAUCAAGAAAAUCAGACUGCCGUCACAGCACAUCUGGCUUCCAGAUAUCGUCCUCUAUAAUAAUGCUGAUGGAACGUAUGAAGUUUCCUUCUACUCAAAUGCUUUAGUUUCCAACAAUGGAGAUGUCGACUGGCUCCCACCGGCUAUCUACAAGUCCGCCUGCAAAAUCGAAGUCCGGGAUUUCCCCUUCGACCAGCAAAACUGCACCCUUAAGUUUCGUUCCUGGACGUACGACCACACAGAAAUCGAUCUCAACCUCCUCAGUGAUUAUGCCUCACGGGAUGACUUCAAACCCAGUGGUGAGUGGGAUAUUGUUUCCCUGCCAGGACGCAAGAAUGAAGACCCAAAUGAUAUCAGAUACCUGGAUAUCACCUAUGACUUCAUCAUCAAGAGGAAACCUCUGUUCUACACCAUCAACUUGAUCAUUCCGUGCAUCCUCAUCACCUCCCUGGCCAUCCUGGUGUUUUACCUUCCAUCAGACUGUGGUGAGAAGAUGACUCUUUGCAUCUCUGUCCUCCUCGCCCUGACUGUGUUUCUACUUCUGAUCUCAAAGAUAGUGCCGCCAACAUCUUUAGCAGUGCCUCUCAUUGGGAAGUACCUAAUGUUUGCAAUGGUGCUGGUCACCUUCUCCAUUGUCACAAGCGUUUGCGUGCUCAACGUCCACCAUCGGUCCCCAAGCACACACACCAUGCCACCGUGGGUCAAGCGGGUCUUUCUCUAUCGGCUCCCUUCUUUCCUCUUCAUGAGGAGACCCAGUAGCUCAAAUAUCCGUGAGAAAUUCAGGAAAAAACACCAGAGGAAAAAGUGUUCAGAUCAGAGGCCGUGCGGAGCAGAGAGUGGGACGGGCAUCUCUGCCGGGGUGGCGGAUUCUUCACCGUCCUUCUAUGUCAAUGAAGAGUCAGCCAAGCGCUACGGCUGGAGAAUCAGUGACUUAUCGGAGAACACAAACGUCAGGAAGAGGAUGACGCUCAAGAGCAAUAUUGACGUGGAGGAUGCAGUGGAUGGAGUGCGCUACAUUGCUGAGAAAAUGAAGAGUGAAGAUGAUGAUGAAGGGAUCAUUGAAGACUGGAAAUAUGUGGCCAUGGUGAUUGACCGCCUCUUCCUGUGGAUUUUUGUAUGUGUGUGCGUCGUUGGUACUGCAGGACUUUUCAUGCAGCCUCUGUUCCAAAGUUACAACACCCCAGUUAUUGAAGACGCAGAGCAUAAAUAAAACCAGAAGCUCCAACUUUAAAUUCUAACAUUCCUCUAAAAUUAAACUAAUUCUCUAAACAGAUCCCUGUUAGGAUGUUUGACACAAGCCUCUUGCACAUCCAUCACUUCACCUGCUGACUUUUGAUCUUCUGAUUUUAUUGUCCUCUAAGCACCAUAUGCCAAUGUUGUCAUAUCAGGUAAUUUAUAAUUAACAGUGCAACAAGAUUAAUUAAUCUGUGUUCAUAAGGCAAGAUAACUCCCUUUGUUUCUUUUUGCCAAUGGCACAUAUGCUAUAUGGAUUUAUAUGAUUUAUAUUUGCCUUGUAAAUUAAAUUCUGAUGGGUUUUGUGACUGUGAACACUCACAUUUCUCACUUGGAAAGUAUUUGUCCAACUUCUUAAUUUUUUUUGUGUGUGUGUAAACCAAGCUUUGUUGCACAAACUAAAGAUAUUGUCCACAGUUGAUAAAAACAAUUAUUCUCAGAUGGCUGUUACUGUUUGUUCAGGUGGAUUUUAGUUUUCCUGUCCAGUUAGCAUUCAUCAACUCUGAAACCAGCAGCAAUAAUGUUCAUGUAAUUUAUCUAGACACUCUUUACUUUAAUUUAUGCAUUCUCUUUCAUAUUGUUUUCUUGAUCUUUGCCAAUAAUAUAUUAAUACAACUAACUUUAUUGUUUAAUUCUUUCAGUGAUUUUUCAGUGAAGGUUGAAUUUUAUGUUGUUUUUUUUUCCUCCCACUGACAAAUCAAAUGUCUCUUUGGGGUUUAAACUAAUUGAUGGGAUCUGAUGUCUAAUUUAAACUGACCAAUAAAGGGGAAGGAUGGUAA